GAAGUGAAGGCGACUCAAUUGGGUAUAAAGCAUCAGCCAACAUCUGCCCCGAGCAGUGCAAAGCUGAUGAAAACAUCAGCUCGGAGCUCGUGCCGGACCUCUCCGAUUUAUUUUAUUUCCCUUGGAUUUAUCAUUUGGCAAUACCGAGUCGGUGCAGCCAGGGAGACGCAUCUCUUUUCUGCACUUAAAGUGAAUGCGACUCAGCAGCCAACAUUAUACUGGAAUUAACUGAUAUCCGCCGGGAUUCUGGCGCACCUGUUACCUCCACGGAGCGCAAGACCAUGAUCCCUCCGGGAGACUGCAUGUAUGCGGGCAGAAAGAGGAGGAAGCCCAUCCAAAAACAGAAGCCGUCUUCUGCCAAUGAGAAAACCAACCCGUCCAAGCGGCACAGAGACAGGCUGAACGCUGAGCUGGACCGGCUGGCCAGCCUGCUGCCGUUCCCCCCGGAUGUCAUCUCCAAGCUGGACAAGCUGUCUGUGCUGCGCCUUGCAGUUUCCUACCUCCGCGUCAAGAGUUUCUUCCAAGCAAACCCAGAUAAGACCUCCAGGAAGCACCUCAACAGCACAGCAUCCUCUAACCCUGAACCCAGGAAAGAGAGCCUUCCACUGGGCACCACUGUCAAUGAAAGCAGCCUCCUCCUGGAAUCUCUGACAGGCUUUGCCUUGGUGGUGAGCAGUGAUGGAAUGGUCUUUUAUGCCUCCUCAACCAUCGUGGACUAUCUGGGAUUUCAUCAGACUGACGUGAUGCACCAGAAUGUGUUCGACUACAUCCACAUAGACGACCGUCAGGAGUUCAGACGCCAGCUCCACUGGGCCAUGUGUCCUCCACAGCACCAGGGGACGUCAGCGCACCAGGACAACCAGCUAGCUGCAGGGACUGGUGAGGACUUCGUAGUGAGCAGCCUGUUCCAUUCUCCCGAGGCUGGGGGAAUUCCUCCUGAGCUCUCCUGCUUUCUCAACAGAUGCUUCAUUGCCCGAGUCCGAUGCCUCUUGGACAGCACCUCUGGAUUCUUGACUAUGCAGUUCCAGGGUCGACUGAAGUUCCUCCAGGGUCAGAAAAAGAAGUCAGCCUCCGGGGCUCUGAUGCCCCCCCAGCUGGCUCUGUUCUGCAUAGGUGUACCCCUCCUGCUGCCCUCCAUCACUGAGAUGAAAAUGAAGAACAUGUUAAUGCGGGGCAAGAACAAGGGAGGAGGAGGAGGGAUUAUCUCUUCACUGGAGCAUGGUAAGCGAGGGGAGCACCUCCGGAGGCACACUUUCAGUGGAGGGAUGGGUGACAUUGCAGACCCUCUCCUCCUCUCCUGUCCCACUCCUGGCGCUACCCAGCGAGGUCACCACACUCCCUGGACCCCGCUCUCCAAAGACAACCUCAAGUACCGCCCUGAUGGCUACUACAACCAGGAGGAACCCCUCAACUACUGCAAGUCCUCCAUGGCUCCCCAUAAAGGUGUCAGCCCAGGCCUGGGCGGCGGCUGGCCUAUUCGGCCAAACUCAGGUCCCCUCAGGGCAGGCCAGGGUGUCGGUUACAUCCCCUCUAACCGCUUGAACAAGGCCGGCCAGUACGGGAAGCCAUACCGCCUUUCCCCCAGCUGCCACAGCGGCCGAGGUGGCGAGGUUUUUGUCUCCAAGCUCUACGGGAACGUCCAGAUUCCCACAGAUCCAGAUGCCUACUGCGUGGACCUGGUGAAGAACGAGAACGGCUACGGAGAAUGCUAUGACGGCCACCUGAUGCCCGAGAUGCCGCCCAUUAAGGUAGAGCACGACUCGGACUCUGAGAACGGCUGCGAUGCAUACGGGCGACCCUGGGCUUGCCGCGACCCAGACGCCAUUGACCGUCGCUAUGGUAAUGGGGUAUACGACCAGGCCUCAAGCCUCCAUCUCAAAUCAGAGGCAGAUUACUACGAUCCGCAGUACUCGCCCUGUCAGCGAGGGAAAGCAGGAAUCAGUCCACCGUACAACAACGGCAACUACCAGAACUAUGCAGUCAACAACAGCGACAACACAACCGGACGUCUGUUAAAAUGUGACAAAGACUUGGGCAAUAACAAUGACAACAGCCAGUUUAGUCCUCAGAGACUCUCCCACUCAGACUCUCUAUGCAGCAACCAAUCUAUCAACCUCAUGGACUCACACGUCUAUCCACAAGACCCUCACAAGGCCUACAUGCACCCAGACUACAACAAGCACGGCACUUACGAGUUCAAAGGUCACGGCCUGAUCCAUUCGAUCAAGCGGGAGCCCAUGGACUCCCCACCGUGGUCCGAGAACGCUCACGACAUAAGCCAGUCCAUGAUGGUUGGUCCCAGGAACGUUAUGCCAUGUGUGAUGAGCACAGGGCACCACAAGUCCAGUCCUUACAUUUAUAUGCCCUAAAGUGAUUGGUGCAAACAUCAGCAUCAGCCCCACCCCAACCCUCACCCCACCGUUCACACACACAAGCAAUCAGUGUGCAUUAGAAGCACAUGCACCAGCAUUACAAAAGGACAGUCUUUGCUUACGAGGAUUCCCAGGAUGUCAACAUUCAAAUCACUUCUUCUGUUUGACCAAGAGGUCACAAACAAGGCUCAGGUUCUAGUGUUAGUGUUGUGACAAUCAAAAAAUAAUACUUUUAAUCCAGUUUGUGGAUAGAUGAUUUAGUUUUUAAAGGAAAACAUUUUAUAGUUGGUUCCAAGCACUUUUGGAUUUAGUGACAAUGAGACAAAUAAUGUCUAGAAACACAAUUUCAUUUUGUUUUAUGUGUUGUGUACACCUGACUUUUGUGGGAGGAACAAAGAUUUUGCUGUAAAAAGAUACUUUUUUUUUCUAACUUUGUACACAGGAGAUGACUUACACCUACUGCUGGGCUUACUGUGUCAAGGGAGAUGGCUGAGUUUGAGAGCACACUUAGGAAUCAAAGAUAGUCUUCAUGGUGGUUUUGCAUGUUUCAAUGCUUUAACUAUAAAUGGCCUACCUUUUUCAUUACUACCUCCAGAGAUGUAGGAAUGGAAACUGCCAGUUUCUAUGCAUUUUAGAAUUGCAUUACAUCAGCCCGCAGAGACUUGAAGCUUCAUCAAUUGCAGGAAAAAAAAAUUUUGGUCAUGGCUACAUAACUGUCGCCAGAUAACACGCUUGCAACCAGGGUCUGCUUUGAAAACACUCAUCACAAACACGUCCAUUCAACGACUCACAACGUCCCAGUUUACUCAAUGGUUGUGUUCUGAAUUUGAUUGCUUUUGUCCGAGCAUCCUUGAACACACGCUUAAGGACGUUUUUUUUUAAACUUCUCAGUAAUGUAAAGCAUAUGCAAUUUGUAGUUAAUGGAUCAAAACAUGUAAAACUAUUGGUGUGGCCAAAUCUUUUAGUAUAAUCACUACAUUUGUUUAUUAAACUAAAAACAGCCUGAUUACACAUAUUCUGUGGGGGCAUUACAUGAGGGGAGCAGUAAGGAGGGAAACAAACCCUUAACCACAAACCUGUGGUUCAGCCAUGUCCUGCUGAAGCAUCCUAGAGUAAGGUACUGAAUCCUUGCAAGUCCUGCAGGCGCCGCUCUGACCCUGCUCCUUGUGGAACUGAUAAAAGGGAAAGUAAAAUUCAGGGUGCACAAUCAAAAGUAGUAGGAUGUUGAUGGCAAAACUGAUUUAAAAACAAGUCACAAUUGGCAUUUACCAGCAUGAAAUUAAUAAGAAAAGUGGCAACAACUCAACUCAGCUCACACUAGAAUUGCCCUCUUAGUUGCAGGCCUAAGACGAAGACAAAAGAAAGAUGACCAGGUAAAUGACGUAUUAAUUAUCAGCUGAAGGCUCGUUUGGACAAGGAAGAAGUGUUAGUUUGAACUGAAGAAAAAGAAGCCUGUCUAUUGUUACAAGGUUCAAUGUUGAUUCUUCUUUCGAUGCGCACAAUAACUUUGUAAUUUUAUGUCAUGAAACUCCUGUUGAGCGUACAAAUAAUAUUAAUUUAUGUCAUUUUAUGUCAAAGCUAAUGUUGUACAGUGUGGAUUAGUGUUUAUGGCAAGAUCAGCAUUUCAACCAGCCUGUCUCACUGCAGAUGCGACACAUUUCCUUUGAAAUGAAUAUACACUUUUCAUGUUGUCUUUUCAGUCCGAAAACAUCAGACAUUGUCUUCACAAUCAGUAUUUUUGCACAAAUGAACUAAAAGCACCAAAUUGAUUCAAUGUCAGAGUCUCAGUUCUGUGAAGCUACUGUCGUAGUUUCUAAAUUGCACUACUGGGAGUAGUUCUGUUGAAGUUCAGCCUAGCCAGACAAGUUUUUGAGUCGACACGCACAACUGUACAUGGUGUCACUGUUUGGAAUUUGUCUUUUUCUCUUUGUGUUUCAAUAAAUGUUUGAUGAUUCGUAUUUAUUGUAAGAAGCAAAAGUGCGUAAUUUAAAAACUACAGUUUUGAAGGCUUUUCUGUUUCACUAAGGUAAAUAAAUGUGGCUUUUUUUUCUUGCUCUCUUUUUGAUAAUUGUUAAAAAAAAAAAAGACUGUCAUGCUUGUCUCAUGGAGGAGGUAGCUGCAAGGUAGCGAACACAGUGUACAUAUGCAGUGUCUUCCAAUGUUUCUACGUGUUUUUGCAAAUGGGACUUAUCUAUUAAAAGACUCUUCUUUAU